UCUCUCGCGGCCUAGCUUUUGGCGAAAAGAGGUCGAUAAAAGUUUGGAAUUGUUGUGAUUAUAAUCGAUCAUUUUUUUUAGAGAAGAGAUAAGAUUGAACUAUGGCGUUCUUGGAUAAGCUUUGGGAUGACACUUUAGCCGGACCUCAGCCGGAAAAUGGGCUUAGCAAGCUCAGGAAACCUGUUUCCCGGCCAUCUCCGGCCAAAGUUGAUGAGUUCUCUAAUGAAGCCAAUAGAGUGACGCGAAGCAUAAUGAUCGUGAAACCGCCUUCGGAUAAAAAUAACGCUUCAGAAAACGGAACUCCGCCGUCUUCUCCGGCCGGAAUGACGCCUCCGGUUUCUCCUUUCGCCGGGGCAGGGAGGUUUCGGAGGAGAUUUUCGUUGGAGGAGUACGAGAGAAGCCGCAUCGUUGGAGGGAAAAGCCCUCGGGGUAGAUUUUCGUCGGAUGAGUACGAGAGAGGCGGCUUCGUUCCGGGGGGGGAAAAGCCCUCCCUUUCGUGACUGAGAUCAUAUGGUUUCUAAUCGAACACCAAGGAGAAGCAAGAAGAGAUGGAGAGAGAGAGAGAAACGAGCAUCAAGUAGAAAUUAGAAAUGUGGAGGAGGAAAGAGAGGCAAGUGGUGAAUAGAUCAUUGUACAGUCUUUCUGUUUGGUUGUGCAUUUGGUGUUGUUCAUGUAAUAUAUAGAAGUGUGCGUUUGUUUCGUUUGUGUCGGAUGCAUUAGAGUUUGCUUUACUGCAUGUUAGAAUGAGUUGAGGAUGUAAAAAUAACAAGAUAACUUCUGUUCAACCAUGUCUCUAAUGGCUGUCUACUUGCGAAAUUGGAAAUUGGAUCACCGCUUCAGGUGUUUGAUGA